GUUAAUUAUGAAUUAGCAUUAUUUUAUGAGAUAAGAAUAUACUCAGUUUUUCAUAUCUUACUACUGAAAUCAGUAGCACAGGAAAUAUUAAUAAACAAUAUAGCAGAAGUGAAAAACAAUGAAUCAGAAUAUGAAAUAGAGAAGAUUCUCAAGUAUAAAAGCAUAGAUAAUACAAGAGAAUAUCUUAUCAAAUAA